UUACUUUUUAUAUAUGGUCUUGGCUCAAGUGCUCACAGAGUGAAUAAAUUAAAUAUUAAAUUAAUCAUGAAUAAAAAUUAAAAGUAUCUGGAUGGAUCUGGGAAUCGAAUCUACGGAGUACGGACAAGUAAUAAAUACGUGUGAGGAAAUAACUUAUCAACUGAUCUAAAUUAUUCAACUUUGUCUCUUUCAACAAGCUUACAAAUAUUUAUACAAAAUGAUUGAUUUGGACGAUAGUGUGUUCGACUCUAGUGACGAGGAAAACGACAUACACGAUUUAGAACAACUGAAUGCCGCUCUAGAUAGUCAGGAUCCGUGUUCCAAUGCCACUGGACUCGAAAGCUUGCCCGGCGGAAGCAUUUGCAGUGCUUCCUCAACUUACGGCGAGUAUUCUAAAAUCGAGACUGCUCUAGCUCUUAAUAAAAUGUGCGAGGAGAAAAUGCGAAGACUGGAAGGUAUUCUGCAUGUACGGUUGAUCGAAUGCCGAAAAAGACUGGCCCAAGUCCAAUCAACUGCAUUCUCUAAUAAUAUUUAUUACAAAGAAAAUUUUCGCUACGUACAAUGCGGCAAGCCAUACUUUAAAGACAGUUGCGGCUUCCCUGCACCUGACAACGAGGAUACUUUGCUGAUGGCCAAGUCGAACAUGUACAAUUGCUCUGGAAUUGCCUCAGUCCCUGGAUGGACCUUUAAAGAUAAGAGCUCCCUCAAUAAUAUAAUCACUAAAAUGUCUAAAGAAAUCAGAAAGAAAGAACUGACUAAGCAAAUUUCAAAUUUAACCCGUGAAAACAAAUUAUCGAAAAGUACAAAGAAUAAAAAAGCCAUUUCGGAACUCAGAAAUGAAAUUGGCAAAGUAGACAAAAUGUCUCUCAAGAAAUUAGCUCUUCCCAUAAAUGAGGAGUACGACUGGGAUUACAUAGCUUCCCAUAUGAGCGACAGACAUAGUGCACAAGAGUAUAGAUCUCUUUGGAAAUUGUUUUUGCACCCCUCUAUAAAUAAAAGUAUUUGGUCUAAAUCUGAGCACACUGCUAUACAAAGAAUUGCCUUUCAACAUCAUCUACAAGAUUGGGACGCCAUCUCUAAAGAGUUAAACUCUGGGAGAACAAACUACCAAAGUUUUGUCUACUUCCGGACAAACAUGAACAACACUGUCAUAGGAGGGAAAUGGACCAGAGAAGAAGAGGAAUACCUUAAAAGAUUAAUUGAGUAUUACAAGGAGGACAAUUACAUUCCGUGGGGUAAAGUUGCAGCGUCAAUGGAAAAUAGGACAAAGGUACAAAUUUAUAACAAGUUUUAUAGACUUUGCGAACUUAGGAAAGGCAAAUUUCUACAAGAGGAAGAUUCAGUUAUACUGUCAUGUGUACAACACUUUGGGCCAAACUUUCGAAAGGUGACAGAAUAUUUACAGGGUCGCUCAGUGACACAGUGCAGAGAUCGGUACAACACGUUGAUGCGGCACAACUUCUCAGCAGUCUGGACAGUGGAAGAAGAUAGGAAAUUAGUUCAACUAGUGUCCACCCAAGACGAGGCAACAGUUUUCUCCACAAUAACACGGUUCUUUCCUGGAAAAGAUCGGAUGAACAUUAGGACUAGAUAUUUGACUUUAGCUAAAUGGAUAAAAAGGCAUCCUAAUACCAAUAUUGCUCAUGCCCCACGACGUGGUGCAAGAAGGUUGGGUCACGGAAAAUCAACUAAAGAUUUGAGCAAAGCCAUAGAAUGCUUGAAAAAACGACUACAGUCAGAAGUGACAGAUAAAAAGAAAAGAAAGGUCACAGUAGACUCACCUGAGAAUGUCAUAGAUGAUGCUAUGGUAGCUGUCUUAACUACAGAACUCACCAUACAAAUGGCAGCAGAAAGGCAAAAUUUAUUGUUACAAGAGGAAAGGGACGACGGUAGAUGUCAGGUUGUAAUCAAAGAUUACGAGGUUACACAUUUACACAGAAUACUUCUACUAUUGAAAUCAAAAUUAAAUAAACACAAGUUUGCAAAUAGUCCCUCACGUAACACACACCAAGGCUUAUUAGAUGUUAAGUUUGAAAAGAAUUAUUCUCAAUUUAGAUCCUAUUCGAAAACGAUUGCUGUAAAAAAACUUAAAUCACAGAAGAAGCUAGACAUUUGGGGAAAUGGCACAUUAGAGAACUUGGCUUAUGUGUUACCGCCUCAGUAUGCGACAAUAAUUGGUUGUAAAAAAGUCACACUUAGUCACCAGUACCCUAAAGCACAGCAUGAGGAACCUAGGAAUAUUAAUAUUUUAGCCAAAAGAAAUCUUAUGGUCCGAAAUGAGCUUCAGCUUUUAAUAGAACGGUUUCAUACAAUUUUCCUCUGGCCAAUACUACUUUCCAGCUCAACACCAAAUGUAUAUAAGACGUACAUAACACCACCCGGAGCACAGAAUUUAAAUAGAAUUAUGAGAACAAGUGAUUAUGAGACUCGUUCUUUUACAGAUGACUAUAAUUUUGUGUUACCAAAGCCAGAUUUGAAGACUGUUAAGAGUGUAAAAAAAAAUCAAAACACUAUAGAUCUGGUAGAGUCAAAUGAUAGUCAAAAAAUUAAUAUAGAUGAAAAUUUCUUUGAAAGCAUAUCAUAGAUUUUGUAAUUUAUUUUACACAAGAAUAUUACUUAAGGAUGCAACAUCCUUGGUUUUACCAUAGAUAAAAAUCCGCUAUGAGAUAAUCAAGGCAAGAGGAGAAAUGAUAUGACAGUUUUUCAAAUUGUACAUAAAUUAGGAGUAUUCUAAUAGUAAAGCAAUUUUGUAAAAGUAACAGGAUAUCUGCGAUCUUUCGGAGCUAAAGGGUUACAUUUGCGGCACUGCCAUGGAUCCCUGAAAAACGCCAAAACAACAAAACAUACAAAAUGAUCGUUAGAUUUGUAUGGGGAUUCAAAUUUCAAACAAAAUUACAAAUAUCUUUGUUAUUUGUCUGUUCUAUAACUACAAACAUUGGUUCAAAUAUUGAAAAAUGUCACGUUUUUAUCUAAUUACGAUAGAAGAUUUAAAACAUUUUGAAAUUUUAUAUUUAUCUGAGUAUCUCAUGAAAAUCAAUAUAUUCAAUUCCCAUUCACGAUCAUAUUAUACUAUAGAUUGGUUAUGUCUCUACAAAAUCCGAAAAAAAAGUGAUCCGAAUAAUAGACUACAACACUGAGCGCACAUUUAUGUACAAUUUUGUCUUUAAUUCCAUUAUAAUUUGUUUAUGUAUAUAUAAUAGUUUUUACUCUACCUGAACAGACAACUCGACAUUGUAGACGAUAUUUAGGUAUUUGUUUAUAUAACUGUAUGUUGUUGACCACAACUAACUCAGAGAUGUGGAAAUUUCCUCUUUUGAGCACCUCAUUUUUCAUGACCUAGUAACACAUCUAACGGUAUUUAACAUCAUUGCUUGUAUCUAAAAAAUCUUUGUAUUUCUAGUUUAAUAUUAAAAUAAAAACACUCGUACAUUAUCAAUAAAGUUUGCUAUAACGCUU